CCCAUCCACUUCUCUCUCAUCUGCUCCAAUUCUCACCGCAACAGAGCUACAGUGUCAAAAACAUCCUUUGCGCACUCCUCCUUUGACCCACAGCUGUCAGACGUGAAAGUGGCCUCCCAUACGUGUGCACAACUUCGCACAAGAUGUCAGGCUACCGUCCGGCCCCGGCCCGAUCACCCACGGAGGACCAGAUGUACUCCAGUGGCAACCUCACCGCCUCUAGCUACCCGAGCAGCGCGACGCGCUCCUCCAACUACUCACAUGGCAACUCUGGUUCAGGGAAGACGUCAGUGUUGAGCUCUAACAUCAUCCCUCCUGGGGCGAGGAGCGGCGGUGAGGGAGAGUUGGGACCUUACAGCGCUCUCAGAACCCGGAGCGCUGCUUCAUCUCAUAGCUCGUCGGGCAACAACGCCGCUGGCGCUGGCAAUAGUGGUAUGAUCGCCCUCAUCGGGGAGAAGGAGGCCGAUGAUUAUUUGCACGAGGGAGACGCCGACAAGCGAAGCUACGCCAUCUCGGCUCGUGGUGUGGCCAAUGCUCUUACCCUCUUUGUCCUCACACUAGGCCUGCUGAUGCUCUUCGCAGGUUACCCAAUCCUGGCAGCCGUAGAGAAAAUCUUCGACUCGGAUCUCAUCUCCAACCUCAAUGGUACCGGUCAAGUGGCCGUCUUCAGCAACCUGGCAAGUCUCAUUGACUCGGACACCCCCGAGGCGGCCAAGAGUUGGACAAAUCCCAUCAACGGCGACACCUAUCAUCUUGUCUUUUCAGACGAGUUCGAAGUCGAAGGCAGGACCUUUUGGGAAGGGGACGACCCCUUCUGGACCGCCGUCGACCUCUGGUACUCUGGAACGGCUGACUUUGAGUGGUACACUCCUGAGCAGGUCAACACCACUGGCGGCUACCUCAUGAUCACAAUGGACGACAAGCCUACCCACAACCUCAACUUCCGCUCCGGCAUGAUUCAGUCCUGGAACAAGUUCUGCUUCCAAGGUGGCUACAUCGAGUGGUCCGUCGUCCAGCCCGGAACACCCCAAACCACUGGAUACUGGCCGGCGACCUGGCUUCUAGGAAAUCUUGGACGCGCAGGUUACCUCGCGUCGACGGACGGUAUGUGGCCGUACAGCUACCAGUCCUGCGAUACGGGCAUCCUGCCGAAUCAGACGUGGCUGAACGGGACUGGCCCGGACCAGGCUCUGCACUCCACUGCGCCUUAUGCCCUUUCCAGUGGCCAGAUUUCGCAAUUGCCUGGCAUGCGCUUCCCGGCUUGCACUUGCCCAGACCAAGGUCACCCGGGACCCAACCGCAUGGUCGGGCGCUCGGCUCCCGAAAUCGACUGUAUCGAGGCUCAGAUUCAGGUACACGCCGGCAAACGACGGUCUUACUCGUCUCAGUCGCUGCAGACGGCUCCUUUCGAUGUGAACUACUUCUGGGGCAACACCUCUGAAUACGCUACCAUCUACAAUGACACUACGAGCACGAUCAACUCUUACGUCGGAGGUCCCCUGCAGGAGUCCGUCUCUACAGUCUCAUUGAAUCCCGAUCGGGGCUUCCAGGACACCGACAAUGAGUUCGUUACCUAUGGCAUCCAAUACGACCCUGACUGGGACGCCAACGGGCAAGGCUCAGUGACCUGGUUCAUCGAUGGCAAGGCUACUUGGACUGUUCAUGGCAGUGCCAUUGGCCCGUCGCCAGACAUGGACAUUGGCCAAAGGACAGUACCCACCGAGCCGAUGUACAUCGUCAUGAACCUCGGCAUGUCAGACGGUUUCCAGACGGUCUACUUCGACAGCACAGCCCCAGAUGCGGACAUGGCAGUCGUCUUCCCCGCGGUGAUGCUCUUCGAUUACGUUCGGGUGUAUCAAGUCGAUGGCGGAACAGACCGCGUUGGCUGCGAUCCUUCCGAUCACCCAACUGCAGACUACAUUGCGGCGCACCCAGCACUGUACCAGAAUCAAAAUCUGACGAGCUACAACGCCAGCGGAUAUGCGAUGCCCACAAACGAGUACUACACAGGAUGUUCAUAGCUGGGCACGCCUCGUCGUGUUGUGCUGACGCAAUGCAAGCCGACAUGAGAUCAUUGGGUGCAUGAAAUUAGGGCCGGGGUCAGGGUCCUGCUUGACGACCUCAUUGCAACGUCCUACGACUCUGCAAGAGGCCAUGAGUGACAGGAAGGAGGUGCCUCUGUCCGACAGAGUCCGAUGCGCGAUUGGAUCUGGCCCCUAUGCAAUGCAAUCUCGCGGCCCUUCUCUCUCGGCGGGCUCACCUCCCGUGCGGUAUUAGCAUCUCUUUACGGACUCUGCAACCAUCAGGAAGCCACUGAAACCUAGUCACAAUCUGCCUGCUUUGCGGGGUGGAACUUUGCGCGCCAUCUGUCUACGUCCGGCUACAGUCUCUCCCUUCUCCCCUUGCCACACGGCCCCUCCUGUUCUUCCUUUGCCCAUGUCGCGACUGUACCCACGUUGCAUGCCAAUCUUCCCCACACGCGUGG